CUCUCCUGUUACAUGAUCUCUCACACCCCAAGGCAACUGCUCCACAGACCUAUAGAGAUGACAACAGUGGAUAUGAUGAGCAACAGCAAGAUCGACAGACAGACAAUGAACAGACAAUCACCAUCUGGGAGCAUCCAACCAAUCUUACAUGAUGAGGAACCUCGCUCUUUGGGUUUCUGUGGCUGGUUGUUCAUUAUCAUCUCCAUCAUUUUCACCAUCUCAUUGCUUCCUAUCACCAUAUUUAUGUGCAUCAAGAUUGUGCAGGAAUAUGAGAGAGCUGUGAUCUUUCGCUUGGGUCGCAUCCUGGACAGAAAACCAAAAGGGCCAGGGAUGUUUUUCUUGCUGCCCUGCACUGAUACUAUGACAAAGGUGGACUUGAGAGCAAAGUCAUUUGACAUUCCACCUCAAGAGAUUCUGACAAAGGACUCAGUGACAGUGUGCGUGGAUGGUGUGGUUUACUUCCGAGUCAGUGAUCCCAUCAUGUCUGUGGCUAAUGUGGUGAAUGCAGACAUGUCCACUCGCCUGCUGGCCCAGACCACCCUGAGGAACGUCCUGGGUACUAAAAGCCUGGCUGAAGUCCUGUCUGAUAGAGAGAGCAUCUCCCACAACAUGCAGAUUUCUCUGGACGAGGCCACACAUCCAUGGGGCAUCAAGGUGGAGCGUGUGGAGAUUAAGGACGUCAAACUCCCUCAGCAGCUCCAGAGAGCCAUGGCGGCAGAGGCAGAAGCCUCUAGAGAGGCCCGUGCAAAGGUGAUUGCAGCAGAGGGGGAGAUGAAUGCCUCUCGGGCUCUAAAGGAGGCGUCUAUGGUGAUUGCUGAGUCACCUUCAGCCCUGCAGCUCCGCUACCUCCAAACACUCAACACCAUCGCUUCUGAAAAGAACUCCACCAUCAUCUUCCCUCUACCCAUGGACAUGCUACAGCCCUUCUUGACCAGAAAAUGAUUUUAGAAGUCCGCAAGUUGUCAGUGUUGCUUUGUUUUGAUAAAGUUUAAAAUAUAAUGCUAUAGACAUUCAGUUUUUUUCUGUUAGAAGAAUGAUUCAGUGAAGAAUCAAAUUUAUUGGUGUCAGAAAUUUGCAUCAUUCUAUAGCAAUAGAACUACAAGGCAACCUUUGUAAACCUUCAGGAAUUAAAUUACCAGAGAUGUUGUAUACCUCCAUACAAGAAAACUGUAAAGAUCUUUUUUUACUUCAAAAUAUUAUUUAUUUUUCCUGUUAAAAUUGAAGAUUGUUAUAUUUCUCUAUGAAUUGUAUAUUGCAUUUUGCAUUUCUUGUCAAUUGCUUUUGCCCUCAAAAUGAUACAAAACACAUUGCAAUUUAUUAACACUAUUUAAUACAGCAUUAUUAUUACACAAUCUUCAAAUCCCAUCAAAGUUUUCCGCUAAAGUUUAAGUCUGAGGGCUGUAACAGCCACUCAAGAAUCUUCCAGGACUUCUUCUGAAACCAAACCUAGGCCCAAUGAUGACCAAGCUUCAGUUUCCUAACAGAAGACAUGAUUUUUUCUUAUCGGAUGUCUUGAUAAUGUCUGCCCCAGAGAAUCACUGAUUCACUGCGAUGCAAACUAGGCAGAGUGUUCUUUUUAGUUUAUGCUUCAUUCCUCCCCAAACAUUUUCAGUUUUAUUUCAAAGCUCCAGAAGAAGCUGAUAAAAAUGCUUGACCAGAAACUGCAGUAGUGGUUAAAAGUAGCAUUGUGUGUUGAAUUUUGAAAAUUCUUACUGCAAAAGUUUUUUUUUUUUUGCUUAUAAACAUAAUGGGUGUUAAAUAAUUUUGAGUGCAGCUGUAGAUUUUUAUAUAUUUUCAUGCUUUGAUGGUUUUGUUCACUGGGACCUAAUGUCUUUUAGAUUUUUCCUUUUGGUUUUGACUUUCCUUUUCUAUCUUAUUAUGAGCGACAUAAAAAUGUAUAACUCACUUUUAAUAAAAGUAAGAAGCAGUAAUACACUCAGCUAUUACAACAUAAACUGAACUAUUGCUUCAUGAAAUCUCAACACAUUGAAUAUUGUUGCAAAAGGAAACGGAAAGGGAACCUGAUUGCCAGUAGACACAAAUAUGUCUGAGAAAGAUUUAGGCCAGUCACAAAACGUGCCAUGGAAUUAAAAUAAUUCAUAGCAUCUAAUGCCAGCAUCAAUUAAUCUAUUUCACAAUUAAUAUUAAUACACAAAUACAAAUACAAAUGAUAUGACAAAAGUUACCUAUUUCUGGAAGAAACCUAUUUGUGAUUUGAUUUUGUGCUGCUUUAAGUCACAAUGCUGCCAUCUUCAGGGCAAACAGAGUACCUAUUCUGUUAAUUUACACCAAUCAGUCAUAAGAUUAACAUCACUAAAAGGUAGAGUAAAAACUCUGAUUAUCUUCAUCUACAGUGUGAAGGGAUGGAUAUUUUAGGCAGCAAGUGAACAGUCUGUUCUUGAGUCUGUUAGCGACUCUAAAUAUCAGCAAUGAGCUCAGGGUGUCAGACCUCUAUUGCAUUAAGUGUUUUUUUACCAAAUAAAUUAUUUGUCUUUGGUCCAAAGUACAUAAUGUCAAAUUUCGGAAAAGUGUUGUGUUUUACUGAUUCAUCUGAUCACAUCAAAGAUGUUGAUGCACCUUCUGGACAGGUUAAUCAGCAUGCUGAUUUCACUGUGCAGAAUUUUGUUAAGCUUUAUUAAAAGUGUUUAAAAAGUGA